AUGGAGGGACUAAACAAGACAGGGCUCACCAUCAGAAAAGCUUUCUACACCUUUCGGGGAGGCGGGUGCUUCGUUCUUCGUCCUCCGCCCUGGCGCCGCAAGCGGCCCAACAUGGAGCAGGGGGAGCCGGCGCGCCCCAGAUCCCUCUGGAAGGCCCGCUCCUCUGUCUUUUUCUUGUCUCUAGUCCUUCUCCAUUUUGUCUCCAGCAGUGCCCUCAACUCUCCACUGUAUCUUUCGUUCGGUCUCUUGCGUUCUCAAGCUCUCUGCAUUCGUCAUCAAGGCGCGACAGUUGACAGCUGCGUUUUCGUCCCUCGGUGCGCCAUGUCUUCGUUUUCCGCUCUCAGGGCCAGCAGAGCCCUUGCCGCCCUUCCACCCCAGUAUUCUAAGCUCGUCGGCCGUCGAGAAGGACUGCCCUCGUUUUCCUCUUUGCCGCGAGAUCGCACGAGCCCCGCUGCGCAGCGCGCUCUGCGCUGGGCUUCCACUGCGGCUGGCGCGCCUGCAACGUCGUCUGCAGCGAGAGGUUCCCUCUCUCGUCUCUACGUGACGCACCUCGCCUGUGUGUCAUCGCCCCAUGCACAUCUUUUUCCGCUUGUCUCCAGGUGGGAGAGGACUGGAAGCCGCACUGGACCUUGGUCUUUAUCGCAGUCUCCAUCUCUCUUCUUAGCAACUCUCUUACCUGCAACGGACAGGGCUGACAAGAGCAUCCCGCCGUUUUGCGGCGCGGCCUCGUCUCCGGUUGCCUCCUCGCGUUCGCCCCUCCCUGCCGCGUCCGCAUGCCAAUCGGGGGGAGAUGUCUCUUUUUCUUCUGGCCUCCCGCGUGGUGGCUCCCUCGCGUCGCCGUCUGCGCCGGCUUCAGGGCCUUUUUUUUCGCGUCCUUUGGGACUCGCGCCCUCUAGCUAUGCGGGUUCAGCCAUGAGAAGAAGCCCAGACGACCUCGCGCAGCUAGAUGCCAACUCUGUGCGAGACUGGCCUCCAUCCUCGGUUUCCCGCUUAGCACCUUCGCCCUCUGGGGCGCCUCCUUUACAGGCCGCAUGCGUGCCUCCGACACUUGGGUGCGUCGCUGCUGCGCAGCCGCCCUGUUGCAGUUCGCGGGGCGCCGAAGAGACAACGGAGACAGAAGGUGGAAGGCCGCAAAUCCCUUCCUCGUCUGGAUCUCUACACUCGCAGGACGUGGAGGCUGCCUGCACAGAGCAGCAGAGGGCUGAGAGAACGCCGAUCGCGUCUUCAGAGGCACGUGGAACCGAAAACACCACGGCUGGAGAGAUAGGGGAGCGCGAAGACACAAGAGAAGAGAGUGAGAAGAGCGCAGCAGCUGACCGCGAGUUAAAAGAGAAAAGGGAGCUUUACGUUGAGGAGAGGGACGGGAAGCAGGAAGUUGGGAAAAGCCUCGCAGAUGGCGCACUUCCACCCAGAGACGGGCGACAGUCUACAGGAGAGGGUGGCGGGAACGCAGUCGAGGAAGCGCAGCGGGAAGAUCGCCUGCGAGAAGGAGGCGAAGGCGAAGACUCAGCGCGAGACCGAGAACAAGAGGCGGAGACGGCAGACGCGCGAGGUGAACUAGGCCGCGAACGUCUGGCGCAAGAAAAGAAGAAAGCCGACGGAGCUCAACAGGCGAUUGCUCUGCGUCACCUUCAGCGGCGCUUCAGCCCUGGUCACGCAAAUUACCGCGUUCAGAAGGAGCUGCAGGCAUUCUUGUCCAACCCGCCGCCGAACUGUCGGGUGUACGUACACCCUUCGAACAUUCGCGUGUGGCUGAUAGAGAUGACCGGCAUAAAGGGAAGUCCUUACGAGAACGAAACAUAUCGCUUGAAAGUUGUGAUUCCUCCCGAUUACCCCUUCAAGGCUCCCACCUGCUUUUUCCUGCAACCCACCCCUGUUCAUCCUCACGUGUACUCGAACGGGGAUAUUUGUCUCAACCUCCUGGGCUCGGACUGGAGACCGUCUCUGUCGAUCAGCGCCGUCGCCGUGGCGAUCCUCUCAAUGCUUACCAGCGCCAAGCAGAAGCAACUUCCCAUGGACAAUGCUGCUCAUGUGGAUGUCCCAGCCGGCCACCGCGAUACCCAGUUCCUCUACCACGACGACAAGGUGUGA